AUGGAAAAUCAACAACAACAACAUGUGUCAAUUAACAAUGUUGAUAAUAAUAAUAAUAUUGCCAUUGGUUUUACUAACCUGUCCAUCAGUGUCUAUACCCGUAUGGGCACCAGUAGCAAAUUGUUGCUACAAAAUAUUACCGGUGCCUUUGAGUUUGGCUCCAUAAGCGCACUGAUGGGCUCUAGCGGAUCGGGUAAAACUACAUUACUUAAAUGUAUGAACGGCAGCAACCGGUAUAGCAUUGGUGACGAGUCUAUGAUAUUUUUGACUGCCGGUCAAGAGCUUAGGACAUGUUUUAUCCAUCAGGAACAGUAUGAACGGCUAUUGACAGGACUGACAGUCAGACAAUCGUUGACCUAUGCGUCCCGGUUUAAAAACAGUGGUCAGUCGUCUAGUAGUGUUGGAGGCGCUGCUGCUGCUAUCAGUCACCGUAAACGAGUCAAUGAGCUAAUGUGCGAACUAAUGAUAUGGGAUAUACGCAACAAUCGGGUGGACAAGUGUAGCGGCGGUGAACUAAAACGACUGGUCAUUGCCCAAGAGUUGACCAGCGGUUUGCUGCCGAACGUCAUGUUUGUUGACGAACCGACCACUGGUCUGGACAGUAAUGCCGCACAUAUUGUGAUCGCCUGUUUGAAAUCCCUGAGCCGUAAACACUCGAUAGCCAUCAUAACAUCAAUACAUCAGCCAAACAACGAUCUGUUUAUGCUUUUCGACAACGUCUACGUACUGGCCAAACACGGUCUCAACAUUUAUCGUGGACCACCCGAACAAUUGUCGGCACAUUUAACUGAAUGUAACAUUACUGUCAAUUCCGACAUACAGUUCCCCAUUGAAGUGCUACUAAAAUAUUCGUCUAAAGGACAGUACGAUAGCUAUGUUAGGCAAUUGGCCGAACAAACUUACAAAACUAAUGAUAAUCUGUGGAGUAGUUGUCCAACCAAUCGUAUGGAUGUGUUGUCCAGUUUUGUCCGAAACCGUAGCAAAUUGUUUAACUUAAGUGACUUUUUCUAUCUACUGAUGCGGACAGUCAUCUAUACCUAUUGGUAUCAAUGGCGGUCGCUAGCGAUGCAGCUAUUAUUCUACAUACUGUUCCUACUGUGCCUAACCUAUGCCUACAACAAUAAUAUUGGCAAAGUCUCAGGCUGCUAUGAUUUAGGUACCGGCACUGGUAAUACUACCUGUCCGGAUAACUUUCACCAACAAAUGGGUAUUAUUGAACAAAAUCUUUAUCAUCAGUACAUAUCGUCGAUAACAGUGCUGACACUACACACGUCUAUUGCAACGUCAAACUAUAUACUGGACUAUCGGGUGUUUACUACAGAACAUCAAAAUAAGUGGUAUAGUACAGGUGCCUAUUUCUGGGCCAAAACCAUAUCCGAACAGUUAUUAUCAAUAGUCUGCGCCUAUAUCUACACACUUAUCAUGUACUUAGCCAGUGGUCAGCCCCAUGAAACCCACCGAUUCUACAAAUAUCUCUAUAUUAGUCUUAUGGGUUUCAUGUCGUGCCAGACGCUGGGCUCUAUCAUAGGACUGUUAUGUCAUCGACAACACCGGCUGGCUCUAUGUGUGGCUGUUGGCGCCUACUCGACACUACACUACUUCAACAACUUUAUAGUCCCUACCAAAGACCUGUUCCCAAUAUUUCAGACCAUCAGUGAGUUUGUAUUUGCCAAAUACCUGUUCAACGGUAUGCUAAUCAUACUCUAUGGGUUCGAUCGGUGCCCAACUGGCAGUGGUCAGACAUCGAUAGUGCUUUAUCAGUACGACCUGAUGGACGGGACGAAUCUAUUUUGGCGAUACUGUCAAUAUUUAGUCUAUUCCUUAGUCAUACUCAAAUGUAUAGAGUUUCUCAUACUUGUGCUCAAAGCCAAUAGGAUAACAUUGAAACUACAAUACUUUCGCCGACAUAACAGUGCUGCUGCUACUGCUAACAAUGAUAAUAAUAAAUGUAGUAAUAAUAAAAGGAGUAUACAGUUUAACGAUCCAGACAAUCAUGUGGUCAUAGGCGGCGAUGGUCACGGUGUCGUCGAUAAGAUGCCAGUACUGGAGAUAACGCCGGCACCGCUUACCGAUCGCACCGUUAUGUUAGCUUGGAUUGACUUGACCUACGAAGUCAAACGUAAACUAUGCGGCCUCAAGAGAUACACCAUUUUGGACAAUGUUUGCGGUUCAAUUGAUUUCGGUUCGCUAAACGGUUUGAUGGGUCCGAGCGGUUCGGGUAAGACUAGUCUAAUGCGUUGUCUGAAUGGCCGUCAGACUAGACCCCUGAGCCUGGGUAGCGAAAUAUACACAAACUCUGACGAACCAAUACUCGCCUGUUUUAUCACACAAAACACUGGAGAACAUCUGUUGGACGGUCUGACUGCACGCCAGGCGCUUCUGUAUGCCUCACGAUUGAAGAACAGUCAACAUUUUGCCGGUUGUGGUCAUAACGGUUGGACCCGAUCGACAAUCGACGAGCUUAUGGAUGAACUGAUGAUCGGCAAUAUAGCCGACACACCAGUCGAAAGGUGUAGCGGUGGCGAACGUAAACGGCUGGUCAUUGCAGCUGAACUUACAUCCUAUAUAAAGCCAAACGUGUUGUGUAUCGAUGAGCCGACCAGUGGUUUGGACAGCGAUGCCGCCGAAGUGGUAAUAAAAUGUUUGAAAUCGCUAACCCGUAAGCAUCGUAUAUCAAUCAUCGCUUCCAUACAUCAGCCAAAUAACGAACUGUUCCUUAUGUUUGACGCCAUCCAUGUGCUGGCAAAAGGCGGUCACACACUCUAUUCGGGAGAACCUCACCGACUACGGGAACGGUUGGUCGACUGUGGACUGGUAUGUGCCGACUAUGAGGCACCCAUUGAAGUAGUACUCAAACACGCAUCCGAUGGCCUGACCAACGAACACAUCCAAUCUAUGCACACAAAACAAAUGAUGGCCAGAGAUGAGUUACGCGAGUUUUGUCGCAACACUAGUAAUCACAUGUCCGUCAAUGGAAACAAUUCGCUGCAAACCAGACACAAAAUUUUCCAGAUAAUUGACUUCUGGUAUCUACUGUUGAGGACAAUGCGCAUCACAUAUCUGUCCCAAUGGAAGUCACUGGUCAUACAGUUUUUUGUUGUCACAUUUAUUGCUCUACCGUUUUCUCGUUCACUAAACGAAGAUAUGGUCGUUCCCGACGGUUGUAUGCCAGCCAAUUGGACGGGUGGUGGUGGUAGUGAUUAUGGUAACGGUACGAUUGAUGGUCGCACCUGUAAUCUGGAUGUGAUCAACGAUGAGAGUCUGAUCUCACUAAACAUCAAAUAUCAUAUCGUAUUGACAACACUUGUCACAUAUCUGCAGAUUGUUGUCACGCCGUUGACGUUUACCACUAAUGUCAAUGUGUUUAUCAAUGAACAGAGGAACGGUUGGUACAGUUCCGGUGCUUACUAUUGGUCAAAAUCAACAGUCGAUAUCUGGCCAGUUAUCCUAACACUGAUGCCAUUCAUAGCCAUAAUGAAUAAGUAUCAAUCGUGGCUCAAGUACGGCUCAUAUCUGGCCUUUGUAUCGGUGUCCACUCUGUGCUCGCAAAGUGUCGGCCACAUAGCCGGCAUCAUAUUCAACCAGGACAGUAAGAUGGCACUGGUAGCUUCGUUUGGCAUACACUAUUCGAUGAUGAUAUUGGCCAACAUUAUCAUACCGAUCCACGAGUUUCCCGUUCCGGUUCAAAGUCUAGCUGAUGUAUCCUAUUUGAGGCAUACAUUCGAGUGCGUUAUGAUAGUUAUAUACGGUUUCGAUCGAUGCCCUCCGGGAUGGCAGUCAUCAGUAUUGCAGCGCCUGUCGAUUGCCGGCAACGGUGACCAAGUAUUCUGGAUAAAUGUACGCAAUUUGCUACUGGUUUUUGUCGGACUACGUAUAAUAGCAGUCUUGCUAUUGAUUAUGAAAUCCAAUUACAAACUAUUCAGAAGUAAUAGUAUUAUUGCAUCAAUUGGUUGCUGUUUUGCCGCCAGUAAUAGUGAUACUAAUAAUAAAUUGUGUUUUAAAAGAAAAUUGAAAACUAAUAAAAAAUAUGUUUUCAUAAAUAAUAGUGAUAGUAGUAAUAGUAAUAAUGAUAAUAAUAAAAAUAAUAUCAAUAACUAUGAUAAUACUGGUGGUCAAGAAGUUUUUACAUUAAGAUAAUUCAAACUUUUUUUAUAUUUUAGGAUAAUAUUAUUUUUUUACGACAAAUUAAGACAAUUG